AUGGGGUUAAAGAAAAUGUUUAUGAAAAAAGAUCCAACUGAACAAGAAUUACGAGAAGAAUUAAAUAGAGUUGGUAUAUCAACAAAAUCAAGUAAUCAAAGACAAGAGAAAUUUGGAGCUUUUAAACAAUACGCUCAAGAAAGAGCUCAAAUGAAACCUGGUCUUGCUCCUGUUAAUCCAUAUGCAAAUGUUCAAACUAAUGAUCCAGCUUCAAAUCCAUAUGCAGCUAAUAAUAAUAAUAAUAAUCAUAGUUCUCAAAACGGUAAUAAUCUAGAAAAUAAAUCAUAUCAGAAUGGUUCAAGUCCAUACUCAUCAUCAACAAAUACAUCAAAUCCGUAUAAUAAUAAAAAUGUUAGUCAACUGUCACUGUCAAUGUCACUGUCAAGAACUUUAGCUUCAGAUCCAUAUGCAAUGCCAACAAGAAGAGAUCAACAAUCUCAAAGACCAUCUAGACAACAACAACCACCCUCACAAAAUAAUAUACGAAAUAAUUCUCAAUCUCAAAAUGUCACAAGAAUGUCAACAAGACAAACAACAAAUGAUACAGAAUCAUCAUUAGAUCUUAAUGCAAUAUCAUCACAUCAAAUGUUUAAAAAUAAUAAACCUUUAAAAAAACAAACUUUUGAAAAUGAUGAUGAUGAAAAUUUAGAUUUAAAUGAUCAAUUUAUUCAAGAAGAAUAUAAUGAUGAAGAAUUAGAUUUGAAUUUAGAAAUCCCAGGAGAAGAAGAACAAAUUAAUUCAGAAGAUGAAGAAGUUGAAGCAAUAAAACAAGAUAUAAGAUUUAUAAAACAAGAAUCAGUUCAAUCAACUCGUAAUACUUUAAGAAUGGCACAAGAAGCAGAUGCAUCAGGUACAAAUACUUUAGGAAUGUUAGGAUCACAAUCAGAAAGAUUAUUUAAUGCAGAACAAAAUUUAUUAUUAGCUGAUACUCAAACUCAAAUUGCAGAUGAAAAAGUUAAAGAAUUAAGAAGAUUAAAUAGAUCAAUAUUUAUACCAGCUUAUGGUAAUCCAUUUAAUAAAAAAUCAAGAUUAAGACAACAAGAAGAAAAUAUUAAAAAUAAAAAAAUUCAAGAAAAAUAUCUUAGAGAAACUAAUAGACAAGGAAUGUAUGAAAGUGAACAAAGAUUAAAACAAGGUUUAAUGAAUAAUGCAACAAAUAAUGAAAUUCAUCAAAAAUAUAAAAAUGAAAAAAAUUUAAAUGAAGCUUCUCGUUAUCAAUUUGAAAAUGAUUCAGAAGAUGAUGAAGCAGAAAAAGAAAUUGCUUCUAAUUUAGAUCAAAUUGGUAAUUAUGCAAAAAAAUUACAUGGUAUUGCAAAUACAAUGAAUAAAGAAGUUGAUAGUCAAAAUAUAAGAUUAAGAAAAAUUGAAGAAGAUGCUGAUAAAUUAGAUAUUAAUGUUCAUAUGAAUAGUACAAGAUUAAGUAAUAUUCGUUAA